ACAAAUGCCUCCCUGAUGGCAAGAAAAUCCAGAAGGAUCUUGCAGGAUGGAAGCUGCAUUAUAAAGCGUUACUGUGAGAAGAGGUUCGUUCCCAAAUACCUGGCGACUAUUGGUAUCGACUAUGGCGUCACCAAGGUGCAGGUCAGAGAUCGAGAGAUCAAGGUUAACAUCUUUGACAUGGCGGGGCACCCAUUCUUCUACGAGGUGAGGAACGAGUUUUACAAGGACACACAGGGAGUCAUCCUGGUCUAUGACGUUGGACAAAAGGAGUCUUUCGACGCGCUAGACGCGUGGCUGGCUGAGAUGAAGCAAGAGCUGGGCCCCCACGGGAACAUGGAGAACGUUGUCUUCGUUGUCUGUGCGAACAAGAUCGACUGCACCAAGCACCGCAGCGUGGAUGAAAGCGAGGGGCGGCUCUGGGCAGAGAGCCGGGGCUUUCUUUACUUUGAGACAUCGGCACAAACAGGAGAAGGAAUCAACGAGAUGUUUCAGACUUUUUACUCUGCCAUCAUCGACCUGUGUGACAACGGUGGGAAGCGCCCUCCUUCCAGCGUGGGGGUCGGCUUCACCAAAGAGCAGGCUGAUGCCAUUCGCAGGAUCCGCAACAGCAAGGACAGUUGGGACAUGCUGGGGCUCAAACCCGGAGCCACAAGGGACGAAGUGAACAAAGCCUAUAGGAAGCUGGCCGUGCUGCUCCACCCUGAUAAAUGUGUGGCUCCUGGCAGCGAAGACGCCUUCAAAGCGGUGGUGAACGCCCGGACCGCGCUUCUCAAAAACAUCAAGUAGGGAACAGAGCCACUCAAGAGCUGGAAACCUUCCCCUCUUUUCCCCACUAGCUCCCGGGCAGCCAUGGGGCACCCCUCUCCUCCUCACGCUUACCGCUGGCAUGGCACCGUCCAGGGGAGCAGGACUGCAUCCGACUGUAGCGUGCUUGUGAUGUGCUGCAAAGGGGGCAGAGAGCUGAGGAGGGGAGAGGAACCCCAGAGCCCUCCCUCCUCCGUGGCCACAGGUCGUGGUUGGUUUUAAGUGCUGAUAGCAGUGAGGUCCCCACCUUCCUGGCUGUGUUCCACCUCCUGGAGGUUACCGGCCGUGGAGAGGUUUGGAUGCGUGGCUGUAAUGUGUGGAUGCAGCGAGGGCAGAGUGAGAUCAGACCUGAAAGCUACUGUGCCUGAAAGCAUUGGUGUCAUGGGUGGAGGAUGCCCGGGAUGGACAACGGGUUUGUCAGUCUGUCUGGGUUCUGGAGCAGCCCCUGCAAGGCUGCGCAUGCUGAAAGCCCAGUGCUGGGGCGGUUCAGCUCCCUGGUCAAAGCUGGCUCCUUCCAGCUGACACCCGAUGAUGGGGGUCAGGGAGGAAGAUGGGAGUUGCUUGAGGAAACCUCUGGUACUGCAGGGAGAAACUGGUUCCAAGAGCCCUUUUCCCCUUCCUCUCCAUGCUGUCACGGUGCCAAGAAUGAUCCCUUUGGCAGGACUGGGGCUCUCCCCCAGGCACCCACCUCCUCAUCACAGCACGGAGUCUCCUACUGCCACCUCCUUCCAUCUCCCUGAGCUCAACUUGUCAGGGAGAGCCCCUAAGGCUGCACAUCUCCCUCUCUCCCUGCCUUUAAAAGCACUAUUAGUCUACAUUAUGUGGUAGAAUUAAGGAGAGGUCUAUUAAAACCAAGGUUUACUUUAUUUCCUUUAAUUCUCUAAGGUGAACUCAAAUACCAAGAAAUAGAAGGCACUUGUAUCAGAUUGCUUCAGUGAAGCAAGGAAAGGGAGAAGAGGGAAGAAGCUUUAAGGCUUUCUUUCUAGAUUCAUCUGUAUUUCUUAGACUUAGUCAACUCUGCAGAGGGAAUACCGUCCUAUUUUUUGUGACAGUUAUAAUGAGUCAUAGCCCUGCCGACCUCUGGGGUGGGUGCCACUGUCACCCGUGGGGAACUGUCCUCAGGUGUGGGUGGCCCUGGCUAUUCACAGGCAGGAGGAGGGUGCUGACCUAAGGAGGAGGCAGUUCAGCCCGCAAGAUGGCUGCCUGUCAGCUCUGCCCUUCCUCCCCUCAGCCAGCCUCAUCUCCUGAGCUUCACACACACUGAAGAGCUCUGUGGGGUGAAGUGGGUGGCACGGGGCAGGGGGGGGCAUGUUCUCCCGCAGCACUCUUUUCUCACAGCAGCACGUACCGAUUGUGGAUCAGCGGGUGGGUGUGGGUUGCUCCCUCCUAGUCACAGCUGUUGUUUUCUUGCAUUAGCCUCGUUGAUUUAGAGGGGAGCAUUGCUGGUCACCCUAACAAGUGCUUGCAGAGGUUAAGAUCUGCCCGUUGUGAUCCUGAGGGAGGUUGGAGCUGUGACGGCUGCCAGGCUCUUCGGGGAGACUGAACGGGAGACUCCUUGAGUUCCCAUGGGUUUGGCAGGACCCAAUUUUGUUUUCUUGCUGCUGUUAGAGCUUGGCAGGGAAGGUCAGGACACUAAGCUACAGAACAAAUAAGUGUGUGCUUAUGUGUCCUCACCCCACCCCACAGGUAUCCUGUUCAAAAGUGUUUUCUCCAAUGGUCAGUGCAAUAUCUUCUUUUUUUUUUUUCCACUUCAAGGCAGCUUUUCUGUGUUUCCCCUUCAAAACAUAAAAUAAAUCGACAGUAGAUUCCACUCCCCCCUCUUUUUUUGGCAGCAAAAGGGACUUUAAAGCCAGUAUCAUUUUGCUCUUGCUCAGGUUUCUGGUGCUGGGUUUCUGGGAAGAAGAAAUAAGCUGUCCUGCUGGGAAGCACUUUUUGCUCCUCUGAUGUAGAAAUAACCAAGGGGAGAUGUUGCUACAAAAGGUUAAUGUCUAAAAUAGUUCCAUUUUUUUCUCUCCCAGAUGUAU